UAGUUUGUGGUAAAAGAUUGUUAACCUUAAUUCUUUAAUGACAGUCCAUGACAGUUUACAAGAGAUACACAGACUGAUUGGGUGCUUAAAUAACCUUCGUUCAAUAUUCGCUUGCGCUCCGUGCUCCCUGUGCUGCAAAAAUUGCACUCGACUGUCGUCCGUUAAAUUGGACGAUCGGAUAAAUAUGCGACUUUGAGUGACAUGUCUGGUAGUAUUUUAGAAUCAGAAUAGAAGUUUUGUUCCACCAGAAUGGUGGUUUUAUGGUCAGCCAGGCCGGGCUGGCUCGGAAAAUUAGGCCUUUUGCUGCUGGUCUCUUGGCUUUUAGUUCUCAUUUUGUCUGUUUCCUACAUAUUCAAGAAUAGCCCGUCUUCGCCAUACAGCGAUAGCCCAACUGAUAGAGAUCAUGCACAAAGAUUGGCACAAAUAAUUAGUGAUUUUGAUGUUCUUAAGAAACAAAAUGAAGCUCUCAAAAACAUCAUUUUGGGUGAGAGUUCGAAACACAUGCAAGGAGAUCAUUUGGGUAUGCUGCAAGAGAGAUUAGAUAAGGCAUCUAUUUAUUACGAUUUAUUCGAGAACAAUGGGCGUCAAAAGCUUCCAAAAAACGGUGAGCCAUCUUUGGAAUAUGAACAAUUGAGACGCAGGAUACGCGACGGUGUGCAAGAAAUGUGGUACUACGUGAACUCAGAGUUGAAAAAUAUCAAGAAAAACAGCCACGACUUCACACCCGAACAGAGAGAUAAAGAUAUUCAGGAUGCAUUGAAAAACGUUUGGGAGCACAAAAAAUCGCUAAUAUCAGAUAUAGAUCGAUUAGCUUUGGUCGAUGGGUAUCAGGAUUGGCGGGAAAAGGAAGCCAAAGAUUUAUCUGACCUCGUACAACGGAGAUUUAAAUAUCUACAAAAUCCUAGCGAGUGUGACAGAGCUCAAAAAUUGGUAUGCAGCUUGAACAAAGGAUGUGGAUUUGGUUGUCAGGUCCAUCACGCCGCCUACUGUUUCUUGGUGGCUUAUGGUACAGAAAGAACUUUAAUUCUCAAGUCCAGAGGCUGGAGAUAUCAUAAAGAUGGAUGGGAGGCGGUCUUUAAGCCUGUGAGCGAUACAUGUUUGUCACCUACAGGCGGGUCUCAUGCCAACUGGCCUGGCGAUUCAACAAAACAAGUUGUUUCGUUACCAAUUGUUGACAAUGUGUAUCCAAAGCCCAUAUACCAGCCACCAGGUGUGCCGGCAGAUAUAGCCCCUAGAUUGGAGAAGCUGCAUGGCCAUCCCAUUGUAUGGUGGGUUGGCCAAGUUUUGAAAUACCUGUUGAGACCGCAAGAAAAUCUCGACAAAGUAUUGGAGUAUUCCAAGGAGAAGAUGGGCUUCAAAUCGCCGAUUGUUGGGAUUCACGUUCGUAGAACGGAUAAAGUUGGUACAGAAGCUGCCUACCAUGAUAUAGAUGAAUAUAUGAUAAAAGUAAACGAAUAUUUUGAUCAGCAUGACGUAAAGCUUGAAGACAGGCGAGUGUUUUUAGCCAGUGAUGAUCCGAAAGUAAUAGUAACAGCGAAAGAAAGGUACCCCACAUAUCAGAUAAUCGGUGAUCCAGAAAUUGCUAAAACUGCGUCAGUAUCAAGACGAUACUCAGAUACGUCGUUGCAGGGUAUCAUAGUUGAUAUACAUUUGUUAUCAUUGUGCGAUUAUUUGGUUUGUACAUUUAGCUCGCAGGUAUGCAGAGUUGCUUAUGAAAUUAUGCAAUCGUCUUAUCCAGAUGCUUACAAUCGGUUCGCCUCGUUAGACGAUGUUUAUUAUUAUGGAGGACAGAAUCCACACCCGCACAUAGCCAGGCUCGACCAUACGCCGAGAAAGAGCAGUGAAUUAGAAUUAAAAAUUAAUGAUCCGGUAGAGGUCUUUGGUAAUCACUGGAAUGGUUAUUCCAAGGGACGUAAUGUACGAACAAACACGGUUGGUCUAUAUCCAAGUUUUAAAGUUAGAAACCCCAUAGAGGCUGUUGAUUUUCCUAAAUAUCCAGAAGUCCCAAUCGAGAUGAACAAAGAGCAAUGAAAAUUUGCUCCUAUUGAAGAUAAGACGAGAUACUGGGAAAUGAAUACGACAAGUAUUUUUUAAGUUAGUGUCCAAGACAGAAGAAUAGGACUGUGCAAAUUCUCGAAAACAAAGCGUGUAUAAUAAGUUUAAAAAUAUUAUUAUACACACUUUGUUUUUGAGGAACAAACUGUGCAAAUUCUUGCAAACAAAGCGUGGAUAAUGAAUUGAAAAAUAUUAUACACGUUUUGUUUUUGAGAAUUUACACAGUACCUGCCUUGUAAUUAUUGAUUGUGAAUAUACAGUGCUAAAUUCCUCCUGUUAAAUUUGACAUAAAUUAGGAUCAUGUACAUAUACAACUAAGAUAUUUAUAUUGAAAUUCUCGAAUCACUGUUACUACAUUAUUAGGAAAUUUAAGAUAAAAAACCUGCAGAGAAAACGAUGGAUAUUUUAUGAGUCAUAAAACAAUGCAAAUAACAUGACAUCUGUGCCAACGCAAUCAAAAUAUUGCGAGUUAAUACUACCUGACGAAAUCGAUACAUAUAUCAGGCG